CGGUGCAGGCUUGGACAGUCUUGGGCGAUCCAUGCAUCCCUCGGUUUCAUAUUGGAAAGACGCCGUCGAGAUAAUGCGGUCUCUGGGUGCGCACAGGUAUAUAAGGUGACAUGCUAACGUACCCAAAGCGCCAACGAGUCGCCCUGUAUCGACUGCGACCAUCUUGCUCAUCAUGUUGACGAAUAAAAUCUCCUGUUAUGAUGAGGACGCGCUCCCGUCCUUCACUCCGAUGCCUUGGUCUCUGCAAGAAAUACGUGCCAGCAUUCCUCCUCGCCUUUUCCACCGCAGCACGGCCCUCAGCCUCUACUUCCUCAUUCGUGACCUUCUUAUGGCCGCCUGCGCCUGGAAGGCCGCCGCCUUCAUCGACCCUCUCCUCCGCCAUACCGUCACGACAAACGCGCUGAUGCCCCUCGGCGCCAUGUGCGCACGAUGGGCCUGCUGGGGCGUCUACUGGUGGUUUCAGGGCCUCAUCUUCACUGGUAUCUGGGUCAUUGGGCACGAGUGCGGCCACGGCGCGUUCUCGGACUACAAGCUGUUGAACGACGUGGUAGGCUUCAUCACCCAUACGCUGCUCUGGACGCCGUACUUCUCGUGGAAGAUCUCGCACCAUCGGCAUCACAGCAAUCACGCGUCGAUGGAGCGCGACGAGGUGUACGUACCCAAGACGCGCGCUGAUCUGGGUCUGCCGCCCGCGAAUGAAGCACGCCUCAUCGACUAUGAUGAGAUCCUGGGAGAUACACCUUUGUACACACUCUUCAUGCUCGUUCGCCAGCAGCUGGUGGCUUUCCCGGCAUAUCUGCUCUUCAACGUAUCAGGCCAAAAGACCUACCCUGAGGGGACGAACCACUUCGAUCCUAAAUCCAUCCUGUUUACGCCCGAACAGCGCCACGCCGUCCUCCUCAGCAAUGCCGGAAUCGGGGCAAUGAUCAUCGCCGUCAUCUCCGCCAGCCACGUCUACUCGCUCGCAGCAGUCGUGAAGUACUACGGCAUCCCUUGGCUGUUGGUGACGCACUGGUUCAUCAUGAUCACAUACCUGCACCACACCACGCCGGAGCUGCCGCACUAUCGCGGGAAGAAGUGGAACUUCCAGCGCGGCGCCGCCGCCACCGUCGAUCGUCCGUUCUUGGGAUGGCAGGGCCGCUUCUUCCUCCACGACGUCGCGCACUUCCACGUCGUCCAUCAUUUCUUCCCCAAGAUGCCUUUCUACCACGGCGAGGAGGCAACGAAGUAUUUGCGAGGGUUCAUCGGGGAGCACUACGCAUACUCGGAGAAGCCGAUCUUCGAAGCGCUUUGGGAUAGCUAUAACCGAUGCCAGUUCGUGGAAGAUGAAGGGUCGGUUCUUUUCUACCGUGACCGUCAGGGCCGAGCAGCGCGCCGACCAGUCCGUGUACAGGGGAAUACAUAGUGGGAUCGCGCGAUAACACUAGAUCAAUAGAGUAGCAAAGCAUUCGAAGAGCAGAAAGCGAAUAAGAAAUUUCACACCGUC